CCGCGGGCGGGGACGGUCCCUGCGUGGGCAGGGCCAGGGGAAGGCGACGCCCGCCAUGAGCUCGUCGGCGCUGCUGGCUGAGGGCCCCCUCGACCCCCCGGUGCUGCUGGCCGACAUCAAGACGGAGCCCCCCGAGGAGCUGCUGGCCAGCGACUGCAGCCAGCCCCAGGCCGAGCCCGUCGAUCUCUCCCUCAAUAAAUCCAAGGUGGCUCCGGCCUCGGCCCCGCCGCCACCGCCCUCCACCUCGGUCCAGUCUUCCCCCAUGCUGGUGGCUCCCCCGCUUCCCGCUCCCAGCACCGUGUCCAUCCCGCCCUCCGGUCUCAGCUCCACCUCGGCCAUCCCGGCUGUCCUCUCACCCGGCUCCAUCCUGGCCUCCACGCAGGGCAGCGGCGGGCAGCAGAUCCUCCACGUCAUCCACACCAUCCCCUCUGUCAACCUGCCCAGCAAGAUGGGAAACCUGCAGACCAUCCCCGUGGUGGUGCAGUCCCUCCCCGUCGUCUACACCACCGUGCCCACGGACGGCGUCACCGCCAUUACCGUGCCCCUCAUCGGGGGGGACGGCAAGAACGCUGGGUCUGCUUUUCUUUCCCGGACCCCUCCAGUGAAAAUGGACCCUGGCUCCGUGUACCCCAUGGACAUGAACAGCGACAGCGAGGACAGCGCCUCCGAGAGUGGCCCAGCGCCUUUCCAGGACCUACCGAGAGAGCCGGCGGCGCGGGGGCCCAGGGCCGAUUCCCCGGACCUGAAGAAGCGGCGCAUCCACCAGUGCGACUUCGAGGGCUGCAAUAAGGUCUACACCAAAAGCUCCCACCUCAAAGCCCACCGGAGGAUACACACAGGCGAGAAGCCCUACAAAUGCACGUGGGAAGGCUGCACCUGGAAAUUCGCCCGCUCGGACGAGCUCACCCGGCACUUCCGCAAGCACACGGGCAUCAAACCCUUCCGCUGCUCGGACUGCGACCGCAGCUUCUCCCGCUCCGACCACCUGGCCCUGCACCGCCGGCGGCACGUCAUGAUGUGAGCGGUGCCCGCCGCGCUGGGAGCCGGCAGCGCCUCCCUCCCUCCAUCCAUCCACACCCCGCGGCUCCUGCGGGGCGGGGCGGGGACUGCGGAGCGCCGGGGCCGAGCCGUGCCCGCUGCAGGAGCCCCGCCGGCACGGCAUGGGACGGCAAACAAUGGAUUCUGGACUGCUGCCCCUUCUCUCUUGUCCCCAGCUGUUUUUAUUCCUGCGUUUGUCCUCGCCUGGAGGCUCCUUGACUCCUCACCUGGAAUUCACCCAGCAGCUGCCUCUGGCUCUUCAGCCUCCUGCCCGUUGUUGUCCCCCGUGUGCUCCCUGCCCCUCCCUGCGCCUGGGAGCCGUGGCAAGGACAGGGGCAAGGGGUGAUGGGCCCCGUGGAGGAGCUGAUGGCCAUUCCUGCUCCAUCCCCAGACUGUCCCAGCAGGAGAAGGGACAUCACCUCUCUGUGUGUCCCUCAGCACGUGCUGGGCUUCAUGGGAAGUGCUGGGUGUGCAGAGAGCCAGGAGGAAAAGAGGAAUCAAGAAAGGGGGAAACAACCCAUCAGUGACCCACAAACAAGACUAUCACCACCACACAAAGGGAAACUUUGUGGAACAUGGAACUUUUCUUUUAUGGAAUUCUACAAGGGGGUGGGAGAGGGUGGGGGGGACGAGGGCCAGCAGCUCUCGGGUUUUUUGGAAGACUCUGGGCCACUUGAAGUGUUUCUAAGUUAAACCAGCGGCUGUGGCCACACGCUUUGCUUUUUAAUAA